AUGCCCAAGAACAACUACGACGAUGACGACGACGACGACGACCUGCUGAUGGCGCUGCAGAGCAUGGAGCCAUGCGGCAAUUGCGGCGCUGAUGGGGCCAAGAUCCCGUGUAUGAGUGGCUGUGGAGAGGUCUUUUACUGCUCUCGGGAGUGCAACAUGCACCACGCGUCCGCGCAUCGUCUGCGGUGUCGGAACUUGCGGUGCUCCAAGUUCAACGACUCGGAGUCCGAGUCAGGGGGAUCGGACGACUCGGAAGAGUACGAAACGGACUCGGGAGCCGAGUAUGAGACGGACUCGGACGAGGACGAAGACGAGGAAGAGGAAGAAGUGGAGGAAGCCAAGUCCAAGAAGAAAAAAGGCAAGAAAAAGAGCCGGACCAAGUCCCGACGGGUCAAUAGCUCACGCAGUGUUGAAUCGUCUGGUAGCACGGUUGCGCGAACUGUCAGCGUCGACGCGGAUGUCGAGAAACGCAUUGAAGAGAAGAUCUUGCGGCGGCUGAAAAAGCAGGAGGAGGCGCGCAUUGCUCAGGCAAUUGAAAAUCGCAUGCGUGAGGAGAAAGCGAAUUGGCGCGACGACGAAAUGAAUCGCAUCAUUAUGGAAAUGCGGGAACGCUUUCAGAGCGAAAUGACGACGUCGACCUUCUGGACCGCAUUGGCCAAGAAGAACGGAUUGGAAAUGGAAUCACAGGAAAUGCAGACGCUGCAGAAGUCGAUGGAACACUCGUUCCUGGCGUCCAACCCACAGUCUGAGGACAAGGUGGCUGUGCCACUUUCGGCUGAAGAGGCUGUCGCGGCUGGAGUCGCUGCGAUCGAUGGAUCUGCGGAGGCUACAGUUAGUCGUCCUCGCACGGUGUCGAAAGAGUCAUCAUGGAACAACGCUUGUGCAGCAUUUGAUGCACUGCGUGUGGUCGUGUGGAAGCACAGUUUCUUGCCUCGUCUGCAGUUUUGUGCUGAUGGCACUGCAGGCAUAUGGAAUACUGUCACGAAGCUGGAUGCUGACGAGUCAUUGGCGCACAUUUGCGUGGGUGACAAGUUGCUUUCGAUUAACGGACGGUCUAUAGACGAUGCGGUGCAGACUGAGGAUGACCUGAAUGACGUAUUCGCGGCAUAUGCAUCGCCUAUAAUCAUGAAGUUUGAGGCAAGAGACCCGUCUUCACGAACGUGUAAGAUACACGACUAUACAGUAACGUGGUCGAAUGGGCCGCUCGGUGUCACGUUGAAGGAUGACUGUGCCACGCAGAAGAUUCCCAUCGUCAACCGCUUGACCAAGAAGUCGGGAUCAGUGGCUGUGAAGCAGAAUAUUGCCAUCGGCGACGUUCUCGUUGCUAUAAACAACAUCGACACUAUCCAGCUCGGCUGUUCACUUUCCAUGUCGAUUCUAAAGAAGGUGCAGUUACCUGCUAAGCUCCGAUUCCGCGGUGUCGGUGGGCCUACUCAACAACCAGCAGUAGACACGGAAUCGCCUUCCGCGGUGCCACCGCGUAAUAUUGUGACUGUUUCACGUGCGCCCAGCACUACGAAGCACGAAGAUGUCAGUGCCUCCAUUGACGAUCGCGCGCCGUCAGUGAUGAACCUCAGUAUCAGCAUGUCACGACCGAGCAAGUACUCAGUCAAUUGGGGUGAAGGGCCGUUAGGUCUAACGAUCAUUCCAGGUCUGCACGACGGCGAUCUUCCAGUUAUCAAAAAGGUCACUGGUACGGGUAACUCCGUAGGUAUUGACAAAGCGCAGGUGGGCGACUUCUUGGAGAGCAUGAACGGCAUCAAGGCAGCAUCGAUGCACUUUGAAGAUGUCGUUUCAUUUUUGAAGACGGCGCCAAAACCUGUGUUGUUGCGAUUCCGCUCGGCCCUGGUUGACGAUGAUACUAGAGACCCAUAUUCGCACCGUAGCAAUGGUACGGCCCUUUCUGCUAGAAGUGAUGGUAGCAACUCGGCAAGGACGCAUUCGGGCUACGACAAUGCUCCGGCACACAUGAGUCCUCGUCCGCAGUCAUCACCAGUGCCAGCCCCUGCUGCGAGCUACCAUGCCACUGAAAUCACGAGGCAAGUGUCACGCGAGCCUCCAAGCGAUUUAUACAAGGUUGUGUGGGGGUCGGGCCCACUGGGUCUUACAAUCGACGCAAAACCGGAAACGGGUGCAUUCAUUAAGCGCAUUGCUUCUCAGGGCGCAGCAGCUCAUCUUGCUCAGGAUUGCGUCGGUGACGACGUCACGCACAUCAACGACAUGGACGUGUCACAUGUGGCAUUCUCGGACAUCGUAGCACAUCUUAAGAAUGUGCCACGCCCGGUGUCGCUUUUCUUUCGGCGCAAGUCCUCUCGUCAUCAUCAUGAACGACACGGUUCUUGGUCGUCAAAUUCUGGUGGAAACUCACCAACUCGGCACGCCGUACCUGCUCCAAGCCAUAGUCGGAAAGCAGCACUCGCCGCAGCUGGCGAGGACCAUGGUAUGCGCUCCUACAGCAUUGUGUGGCAAGAUGGCGCCCCGCUUGGCCUUUCGUUGCGUGGCGCCGAGAACGGGUUCGAGUAUCCUUACAUUAGCCGCGUUACAGGCACCGGGUGUGCAGCGCAUUUGCCACAGUCUGUGUUAAAUGACUGCCUAAUCUCAGUCGACGGCCGCAGUGUGCACGUUCGCGACAGAUCGUUCGAGGAAGUCAUGACAUUGCUCAAGGUGAUGCCAAAACCGUUGACAUUGACCUUCCAGACGCGAAAUGUGGGUGGCACACAGUCUCGUGCUCCAGCACCGUCACCAGUACCAACGUCAAUCCCAGCACCAGCUCCGCAGCAUCAACGUCGGGCGCCGUCACCUUCACCAUCACCACCACCGCCUCAGCCACAACAAACUCAGCAGCGAAAGGCGAUAAAGUCGCAAGAAUCGUACACAUGGCGGCAGAACCGGACUCCUCCCCCACCUGUGCCUGCCGAUCAGCCUCUGGCGCAGUGCAUCACGAGCUCGUCGGUCCUGGGUGGAAAUGGCACGCGUGGGCACAAUAGUAAUAAUCUCAGUAGAAGCUUCUUAGCAAACGGCGGUGACCGCGGGCUAAGUGCCGGUGCGACUCCGGGCAACGAGGACAAGUUCAGCAGCAUCCAAGCACCCUUCCUCAUGCAGAACAAGCUCUCGACUGGCCGCCGGCAAAAGAUGCUCAAGGGUCUCAAGAAGUAG